CGUGAAGGUGCUCCCACAGGCGGAGGGGCAGCGAGAACCCCGUUGGUACUUGGUGCAUCGCCGACCGACCGAGCAUCCCCGAUCGCCACCUCUGCAGCCAUGAAGGCCGCCCGCAUCGCCCUGCGUACCGCUGUCCCCCUGGCCGGGUCUGGGGCCGGGGCCGGCAGCGUCCGCAGCAGCCGCUUGCCGCGGGAGGUGGAGCAGUUCUCCCGCUUCUCCCCCUCCCCGCUCUCCAUCAAGCAGCUGCUGGACUUCGGCUCGACUAAUGGAUGUGAAAGGACUUCCUUUGCGUUCUUGCGACAAGAGCUCCCCGUGAGGUUUGCGAACAUACUGAGAGAGAUUGAGCUCCUUCCUGAUAAAUUGCUAAGCACCCCAUCAGUGCGGUUAGUGAAAAGCUGGUACAUCCAAAGUCUAAUGGAGCUGGUUGAGUUCCAUCAGAAAAGCCCAGAUGACCAAAAAGUCUUAUCUGAAUUUAUAGAUACGUUAAUUAGAGUUCGAAACAGACAUCACGAUGUAGUCUCUACAAUGGCACAAGGAGUAAUUGAAUACAAAGAUAUGUUUCAAGUAGAUCCUGUCACCAAUCAAAACAUUCAGUACUUCUUGGAUCGUUUUUACAUGAGCCGCAUUUCCACCCGGAUGUUGAUGAACCAACACACCCUUCUUUUCGAUGAUAAAUCCAGAUCAGGUCACCCGAGGCACAUUGGAAGUAUUGAUCCUUGCUGUGAUGUUGUUGAGGUAGUGAAUGAUGCUUUUCAAAGUUCCAAGAUGCUAUGUGACCAGUACUAUUUAACAUCUCCAGAACUGAAGCUUACUCAAGUAAACGGAAAACUUCCAGGAGAGCCAAUUAACAUUGUCUAUGUUCCAUCUCAUCUUUUUCACAUGCUUUUCGAACUCUUUAAGAAUUCAAUGAGGGCAACAGUUGAAUUUCAAGAGAACAGUCCUUCCCUCCCUCCAGUUGAAGUAACAGUUGUUCUAGGACAAGAAGACCUGGCCAUUAAGAUCUCUGACAGAGGAGGUGGUGUUCCAGUAAGGAAAAUUGAGCAGCUGUUUAGCUACAUGUAUUCCACAGCACCAACACCAAGGACGGAUGAUGGUCGACAAACUCCUCUUGCUGGCUUUGGAUAUGGCUUGCCAAUUUCCCGUCUGUAUGCCAGAUACUUCCAAGGAGACUUGAAUCUUUACUCCAUAUGUGGCUAUGGAACAGAUGCUAUUAUCUACUUGAAGGCCCUAUCAACAGAAUCAGUAGAAAAACUUCCAGUUUUUAACAAAUCUGCUUCCAAGCAUUACCAAGCAACUUCAGAGGCAGAUGACUGGUGCAUCCCAAGUAAAGGCCCAAAGCAGACCGCAGCUCUCUGAAGGGAAGUGGCUAUAAAGGCAUCCAAGGGGAUCAAGCUGGCUUAUUAGAGACUAGUGUUUGGAAGUACUCAUCUACCUCCAAACAGGCAAAUUCUUCUGUUGCAGGACUGGCAGAAGAGGAAGCUAAAGAUGUUAUAGCCUAGGCUGUAUACAUUAAAUGCAAAAUCUUGCUGUGAACUUCAGGCUGAAGAAAAUAGAAGUGCAUAUGCCUUUAAAGAAGGGAUAUGUGUAUAGAGGAAACUCAGGCUAUUUUUGUUAUGAUCAAAGACUUUGUGGUGGAGGUGUGCAAUUUGAGUCCUGUCUAAUGCUUGAAUUUUGAUACUGAUAAAUACAUCAGUUAAGCUGGUAUAUAUUUUUCUCCUAGAGUAGAUAUCAGCAGCUCAUUUUACAGAAAUCCUCAGGUAGAUAGAAGUACCUGUAUUAAAAGCUGCAUUUAGAACAUCUGGAAAAUAUUCUUUCACCUUGCUGUAAGACUGCCAUGUUAUAAACAUCAUCCAAAUAGACCCUGACUGGAAAAGAGGGAGGGAGCCCUGGUAAGAAAGAAGUGUUUUUUCCACUUGUAAGGAAGUCCUGUCUUAACAAAAGAAGCAACCCGAUUUUCCAGUAAUCAUUAAGUGAUGCCUUGCUCUGAGUUACACUUCAUUUUGUGUUUCUUCAAGCUGUUGAUGGAAAAGCUAGUGAAGCAAGGCUCCUGUGCAUAAGGUAACUAAGAAGAGAGAUUUUAAUGAAGCAACUUGAUAUCAACAGCUAUGAGGCCAACUUACAUCUUGCCUGUAUCUCAGUGCUCGUGAAAGUAUGUGCGAAGUUAGUUAGGAUUUUCCAGGAACUGAAGUCAGAUGUGCAAGUUGAAAUGAAAGGUUUCGAUGAUGCUUUGUUAUAUGGGCAUGACAUGGGAAACAGCGUGUUUAAAAUGUUAUCCUGUGAUUCUUUUUUGUCAGUCUGUAAGAUAACCAGUGGGUUCAGUGCACUAAGCCAAAAUUUGUCUACUGCCAUCUUUGUCAACUAUGUAUUGGACCACGCUGUCUAAAGUAUACAGGGAUUUGACACCUUGAGAGCUGUGAUGGACGCUGAAAUCUGUUAGGUUUUUAGGAAGAGUGGUGUUGGAGUAGAAUUGUUCUAAGCACUGUCCUUUGUAGUGGAAAGGUCUUAGGAAAAGAGACUGAAAAUAUCAACAGCACUGAUAACUUUUUAUGAUGGUUUUUAUGAACAACAAAAGGGGAGUUGCCACAGGAGGAGUGCCAGUGGGAGAGAGCUGUUGAGAAAAUGGUCCAUUCUUAGUAAGCUGUUACCUUUCCCAUCCCUGUGGAUUUUCCCCUCCUCGUAAGUAAAGUAAUGGAAUUUACUCAAAGUAACAAAUUGCUCAACUGGACAGUCAACAAGGUUCACUAGGGCUGUGUAAUGUUACUUGAAUUGUUAUUGGCUAACUAGCAUCAAUAUCCUAAGUGUAAAUCCUUCUUGGAAGGAAGUUGCAAAUACAGUAUUUAAAGCAUCCUGCUCAGUGAUGUGACAGUUUUCUAAAGCAGAUUUGCAUUUGUUGGGCAGAAAUCUACUCCACAGUCUACUGUGAAUAGCAAAUGCUUUUUAAGUAGCAGUAAGAGAAAGCUAGAUCUACCUUUUGUGUUCUAAAAGCUUUUUGGGGGUAGAUUUCUCAGUGGAAAAUAAAGUAGUAUUCUGUUCAUUUAUUUCAAAUAGGAAGUUUAGAAGUAAUGGUGAUAAUUACUGAGCAUAUUGACUUAAAUACUGCAUUGAGGCAACUCUUACCCCAGUGAAUAAGCUGUGAUCACCAAAGGUCACCAUUUCAGGAGUAUUUUCACUCACUCAGUGAAUGAAAUGGAUAACAAAACUGAAAUAUCUUUGUCUAGAAAAUACAGAUGUGAAAAAACUGCUUUCACUGCCAUAAUGUACUUGAAUACUCUGACCUUGUAUUGAAUAUAAGGUCACAAAAAUAUGCCUAGAUAGUUAUUAAGUAAACACAAUACCUCUUUGCACUCAGUUAUGCUUGACUGUGAUUUAUGAUGUUGUGAUAGACUGUAGAUUUGUAACUUAGCUUCAGCUACUGCAGCUUGAAGUUGUAAUGUCUGUUUUUAAAAGCAUCUGAAGCAUGUGAGUGCUGUAAAUGAAUGUCUGUAAUAGUGCUUGCAAAUAGGGGCUUUUUGGAUAAGUGUAAUCUCAAAGUUGUAUAUGCAGAACAUACAAUGAAGACAGAUGUGUGUAGCACUUUAGGAAACCUUAUGGAGUCUCCUUUAGUAUUAAAAACUUGUUAAGGGCUAUCUGCCUAAAUAAAAUGCUGUCUCUUUCAGCCUUUACUGAAUUUGUAUUUCUGGAAAUAGAGCUGUAGUUUUAAGCCUUUUACGUGUUUGUUGAUACUGAAAUAAUUUUGUAAUAAAAUCUUUCUAAUGAU